AUGCAAGACGCUGACCACUUUUCGACGUGCACGUCUCAACCGAUGUCAAUGGAAGCUCAAAUAGUUGUGACGCAUGGGGUACAAGUAGGAUAUCAUGGACUACGUCAGCGUAGUAGCAGCCUCGACAACGUGCGCUUGUGGCGACCGGCGAGUGGUUUUGCAUCCAAGCACAUGGCAGAGAUGGAGGCUAAGAGGAUGCAUAGGGAGCGACAAAUGCAGCGCGUUCGACAAAUGCAGCAGAUGCAAGAGGAGAAAGUGAGACGUGAGAUUGAGCUAGCCAGAGGACCCAGGCCUAACGAUCACGUAAUUGUGGAAGAGGGUGUUUGGAAAACAGUAGUUUCUCAAGGACCCCGCGACUACCAGCAGACUCGAGCAGCCAUUGACACUUCUCUUUCGCAGCCCUUAUGUUCAUCCUCUUAUGAUAUCGACCAUCUCGACAAUUUAUCGGUCUUUGGUACGGUCAACACCGAGUGCACUUUAAGUCAAGACGAGAUGAAAACUACCGAAAGAGUGAGAAGAAAGAAAAGAUAUCAAAUGAAGAGGCGACAGAAUAGUUUGUCACGACGGGAUGAAAAACAGAAAGAUAUAAUGGAAGGUGUUCCACACCCGACAUUGCUAGGAGAAGUUAUGUUUACACGACGCAGUAGCUUGCAGAAGCUGGCUGAUAGACUACACGAAACCACAAUCGCAACACAUAAAGGACGAAAAGCAUGUGGCUACCAUAACUUUAUGGAAGCCAGGUCUUUACCUGACCGCAGCAUAAGAAAAACGAAGAGCUCUUCAUCCAUGAUUGUCAACCAUAACCGUGCUAAAAUGCAUUCUAACAACGCAAGCGCAGAUUCUAGUCCACGUAGACACACAGAAAAUGGCAGUGAUACGACAAAGCGCUCAAUUUCAAGACAAGAGUCACCUCAAUCACCACGGUCUGGUUCGGACACUCGUGGAUCACCUCGAACACGUAAGUGUGGUGAUAAACGAGACUUUUUUUUUCGUAACUUAAACUAUGGACUUCGGAGCCAGUUGCAAGUAGAUGAGGUCGCUGCAUUUAGCGUGACAGACUACGAGAUGGCCACCAAGAUUUCUCAGUUUGUCUUAGAACUAUUUGCAUCUUCUAAAGAAGACACUGUGUCCACGAGCAACUUUGAAGAUCAUGACGAUAUCAAGCUGACAAUUGAAGAGCGCAAAAAAUACCCACUCACCGUAACGGACGGCACGGCAUGUGUGGGAGGAAAUGUGUUAUCUUUUUGUGACUAUUUCACACGAGUAAAUGCUAUUGAAAAUGAUGCGACCCGCGUGCAAAUGCUGCAACAUAAUCUUCAGGUCCUUCAAAAGACAAACGUAAAGUGUAUUCACGCCAAUUACUUGGAUGUGAUGAUGCAACUUGAACAAGAUGUGAUUUUUCUGGAUCCACCUUGGGGAGGACCUGAAUACAAGGAUCUUGAAAAAGUGGAUCUCUUUCUAGGAGGCUUACCCCUUCAUGAGAUUUGCAUACGACUACAAGAUCACACCAAGUGUAUUAUUCUAAAAGUGCCAAAUAACUUUGAUGAUAUCAAGUUCUCGCAGCGCGUACCCGGCAAGGUUGUGAUUCGACGCGAUCUGAAAAAGAUGCACCUUAUUCUUCUUGAUUAUCGGUAG